AUGUGUCGAUGUUCAUUGGAUACAAUUUUAAAGAAGGGAUUAUCCCAGCCGGUUGAUUCACUACAGGCCCUCAUACGAACAAUUUCGGUGUUUUAUCGAGCCGAAUUUCAGGAAUUUAACGGUUUAGAGGCGCAGAGCACAGCGUUGGUGAUGAGGACGGUGUCGAGUGUGUGCAUGGUGCUGGGGAGGGCGUUGGAGUCGACGACGACGAGUCGUUUUGCGUUGUUUGCGAUGCUGAAUGAGUUGAUUUUGAUGGUUUUGGAAGUGGACGCCUUCAGAGAAGGUCUGCAAUUUAACGCAAAAUCUUUAAUUUUUUAG